AUGCCUCCAGCUAAGCUUCCAAGAGCUACAUUAGAGCAAAAAAUUCAGAUUUUGGAUUUUUACCAUCGCUCGAACAGACCUCAACUGGAAACGGUUGAUAGAUACAAAAAUGAAAUUUCAAUUUCGACGUCGUCGUUCAGUGAGUGGCUUAAGAAUGAAGAUGAAUUAAGAGAUAGGCUAAACCAAGCAGGAACGCCGUUUUCAAAGAAUAGCAGAAGAAAAGUCAAAUUCAAAUAUGAAAAGAUUAACCAUGCCAUGGACUUACUCGUACAGCAGAAGCUAGAAAGACACGAACCAAUUAACGAGCCAAUUUUGCGAGAGUACUGGUCAAUAUAUGCCCACCAGUUCGGUGUGGAGGACCCUAAGCGGUUAGUGGGAUUCAGUCAUGGGUGGUUGAGUCAGUUCAAAAAGAGACAUGGUUUGAACAAGAAGAAGAUGAGUGGGAACAUAAGUCUAGUGAGCGAGGCGAAUAAUACCGGAUCUAACAGCACGGUUGGUCGUGGGGAGAAUGACCACACUGAAGAAAGAGGCUCGAUUAAUGAAGAUGUUUACGACUUGAAUUUUACUAAGAACUCAACCAGUUCCAACAAUGAUACAUCAGACCCUGAGGAUAACGCUACGGAUGAGUUUUCCACUAAUGCCACCAAUUCUAAUGGUACAUAUGAUUUAAUGAAUCCACAGCUGUCAAGUAAUACCAGUACAAAUAACAACAACCCUAAUACCCAUUUCCGCCAACAAGGAAUGAAUUUCAAUGACGGAGACUCAAAUAUCAAUUUUUCGAAUUAUGCAUUAUACCAACAACAAGUUCCUCAGAGACAGGGAUCAUACCAAAUGAACGCAAACACGGUGAGAAAAGACCAAGCCUCAAAUAACCAAGCAUCAUUUGAUUACCAGCAACAAUUAAGAGCACAUUAUGAGAAACAAAAACAGCAUUAUGAACAACAACAGCAACAACAACAUCAGCAUCAACAGCAGCAGCAACAACAACAGGUACAGGCUCAAGUUCAUGAGGCACAAUCACAAGCAACCCAGGUUCAAGCGGCACAAGCGCAGGCACAGCAGCAGCAAAGGCUCACGAGAUCGAAUACCAGAAAUAUUAGUAGGUCAAAUACUAUUCCAAAUGCCAUACCUAAUCCGUCAGCCCCACAGGAACCAGAAUCAGGACUGAACAUAAAUGCAUCGGAUAUUGAACGGUUCAUCUACAUGUUUGCUGACAGAUUUUUUCAUGACCGCCAAUAUGAAUAUCCUCAAACGGUUAAGAUUUUCCAGGAGUUCAAGAAUUCGUUCUUCAAUGAGAGAAUUAUAAAUUUGAAAUCUAUGCAGCAACAAAUGAUGCAACAGGCCGCUGUCCAACAGCACGUCCAAGCACAUCAGCAGGCACAAAAACAACAACAUCAGCAACAUCAGCAUCAGCAGAUCUCCGGCAUCGAUGAUUUCUUCUUACGAGCAGCAGCUGUUGCGUCUCAGGACCAACUAACCGAUGAUAGCUCCAAUCCCCAGAGAACACCCGAUACAAUAAACGACUCAAUGGGGAGAUUACAAAGAAAAAGGGUCUUAUCGAGCAAUUCAAGUAGCGUGCCUACGGAGACAGCUAUUGAAAAUAAGAGGUGGGAUAACGAUAAAAAUGGGUUAAAUUAA